AUGCAGAGUGGCCUACUGCCAGGGUCACCAUUCAGAGCAUAUAUGGGGCGUAAGAGCCUCAAAACGCUCGCUGAAGCGCUGGGUAAAGCGCAUAAGUUCAUCAAAGUAGACGAGACUAACAGAGCAAUGCUGGGUAGGAAAGCAACAAGUGACUCAGUUAAGUGGGCAGAGGUUACCCGAGCAGAGAACACACCCAGGAUGGAACAGCCGAGCAGGGCUGAGCAAAACCAUAGAGAAGCGGACAGGGCAGUGGGACUGAGAAGGUCCGAUACAAGGAGAGGGCCAAGGCAUGGGAAGUUUGAUCAGUAUACCCCACUAACCCAUUCCAGAUCUCACAUAUUCAGCGUAAAUAAGGCUGAUGAUAAGUGGAAGAGGCCUCCAAGGAUGGUAAACCGGAGUCGCGAUACUAGUAAGUGGUGUGACUUUCACAGGGACUAUGGCCACACCACUGAAGAAUGCACGCACUUGAAGGACAACAUAGAGGACUUAGUCAGGAGAGGAUACUUGAGUCAAUUUAAGCAACGUGAUGACCCUCCCAGAAGAAGGGAGGAGGAUAGAGCGGGCCAAGCUGACCCCAGAGGAGGCUAUAGGGGCCCAGCUAGAGACAAGGAUAGAGAUGGCAAGCCAAAGGGCAGGGUGUACGUGAUCAGCGGGGGUCCAGUACAUGGGGGGAAAGUUAAUAGAGCACGGGCUGACCUGCCGGCAAUGAUACAUCAAAUAAACGAAAAUGUUAAGCGUAGAUGGCCACCUCUUCCCCCGCAGCCACAAGCCACGUUUGACGAGUAUGAACAGAAGGGCAUAAUUUACCCUCAUGAUGACCCGCUGGUGGUGACAAUGAGAAUUUCAAACUGGGUGGUGGAUAGAAUACUGAUAGAUGGAGGCAACUCAGCCAACAUCAUAUACAUCAGUGCGUUCAAUGAGCUGAAGUUGGACAGAAAAGACCUGAAGAGAGUAAACUACGAUGUCAUUAUUAGGCUCGGGGCUCACCCCAGAAGGCAUAAUUGA